UUAUAAACAAAUCACUUACUGCACAGAUCAAUUUUGGGCUCCAAACUCGCCGGAAGGAUUUCCUAAGAAGAACUUAUCUAUACGUGAAUAUAAUUGUAGCUCAUUACGGUCGUUGUCGUGCAUUCGGCACAAGCAAACGUACAUCAAGCCGGUGUAAAAAAUAUAUACAACAAACAAGAAAAAUAUUUGAAGUGCUAAAAAAUAGAUACUAACUUGGAGACAAAUAAAUAUGUGUACUCAUCUCUCAGUAAAAACUUGAUCUAACAAGAACAAAACCAGAAAAUCCAAUUAUGUGUAGAAACUAAAACAAUAAAUUUUAAUUGCCGUUAUACUUACGAACGUAUUUUACUGACAGUAGUCGGUUUUUGCAUCCCUAUUUGCUGUGCUGGUGUCAUCGCACCGUUUCUUUACAUCGCCAUCCUCGCCAAAUGUCAAUGAAAGUAGAAUGAAAAUAUGAAUAAACAAAACAAUUAAAUUCAAAGGAAAGCUAGUAAAUAAUCAAAAAUCAUUCAUAACAUUGUCCAAAAGUGUUUCGGUUGAGCUAUAGUAAUUUUCUGUAGAAAAGUGUUAAAACUGAAUUGAGCGACCAGUGAAAUUUAGCAGCCGAUCAUCAUGGAUGAUGAGUUCAAAUUGUGCUGGAAGAAUUUCCAGGACAAUAUUGCAUCCGGCUUCCAAAGUUUGUAUGAUCGCGGAGACCUGGUCGAUGUGACAUUAGCAUGUGAUGGAAAACUUCUUCAGGCGCAUAAAAUUGUCCUCGCCAUAUGCAGCCCAUACUUCCAGGAAAUAUUUGUAACAAAUCCCUGCAAGCAUCCAAUAAUUAUUCUCAAAGAUGUCUCCUACACAAUCAUGUGCGAACUUUUGGAAUUUAUGUACCAAGGCGUUGUCAAUGUCAAACACACGGAACUUCAAGCAUUCAUGAAAAUUGGCCAAUUAUUACAAAUAAAAGGCUUAGCUACCAACAACUCGUCUCCACCGGCUGGUCCGUCGUUAUCGGAAAAAUCAAACUCAAAUCACAAUACUACAGAGGAAAAGGAACCAUCACAGGUUUCCAGAUCAACGCCGAAAUCUGCUGCCUCGCCCAAUCACAACGACUCGACUACCAGUAACACAGAAAAACCAUCACAAACAACACCAGCACCAACAACAAGCUCAAAUACCCCACAAAGAGUGCAGUCGCCUGAUAUUUCUAUGUCCUCCCCUGCCUCGCCUUCGCUAAAUAUAUCCAGUGUCACUCAGAAACAAGUCGAAAAUAAUUUACAUCACAAUUUCCAUUUAACCACUGCUGGCAAUUCAGGACUCAAACGUCAUUUAUCCGACUACAAUUCGGACUCAUUAUCUAUAUAUUCCAGGAACAAGAAUCGUCGGACAACAAUGCCGACGGAUCAGAGCAGCGAUAACAAUGAAGGAUCCGAUGUUGGUGGUGGCAGCAGCAUGGAUCAAAUGAAUGCCGAAGAUUUUUUUAUGCCUCAUAUGUCAAUGGUGGAGGGCCGUUACGAUUUGAACAGUGUGAAAAGAGACAGUUCCGAACAUCACCUCAAUGCAAAUAGUCCCAGUGCCGCGGCAGCCGCUGCGGCCGCAGCAUCAUUGCGCAACUCAUUUAACCCCGCAGCAUUUGGGCUGGACUAUUCAUUCUAUAAGAACAGCAAUAGCGGAUCGGCCUCGACAAUUGCCCAAGAAUUCCCCAAUGAAUUGAAUAUAUCCAGUGGUGAUUACAGUAAAGGAUUUGCCAAUCACAUGGAUAUACCGCCAAAUUGUCCCAAUGUGGUGAUGUUAAGUUCAACAUCUUUGCUUCACGGAAAUUGUGUUUUUAAUCGCAAUAACACCGUGGCCACACAACAGGGCAUGAAAACCUAUUGGUUAUGCAAAUCAUAUCGAAUUAGUAUGUGCCGAGCCCGUUGUAUUACACAUCAAGGAAAAAUUAUAUCCGCCACAGGAGUCCAUAAUCAUACUCCACAUAUGAGAGGAAAUAACGCCGGUGGUGCAGGUGGUCCCCCCAUGAACGAUGUCAACAUGGGCCCUACUAAUAGUAAUAACAUGAGUGGUGGUAGUGGACCUAGCGGGAGAUUCGCCCAAAAUAUACCAGGACCAAGUGCAAAUAUAUUUCCAACCAAUUACCAUGGAUCACAUCAUGGUCAUCCUAUGUCACCGUCAACGCCACCGCCUAUGCAGCAUACAACAUUCACCGCAAAUGAAGCCAAUGCAAUAGCUCCCACUAGUUCCCACCAUUUUGUACAAAUGACACCAAACCUGGGACAGCAUCAGCUAUCAAGUUUACAUCCACCGGCACCGCACCCACAAUCAUCCAAUAAUAAUAGUACAACGAUAAUGCAUCCCCAGCCACACGGUAGCUACGACAUUACCUCACCAUCUUCGGGAGAACACAGUCGAAAUGCAAAUCCACAAGUUUACGAUACUAGUAGUAAAUCUCAGAAAGGUUUUCUAAAUGAUGAUCACAUAUCUGUACAAAAUGCUGCAGAGCUUUCGCCUUCACAUCAUAUGAAGGAAGAAGGUGAUCGUCAGCAAAACGAUAAAUCAUCAACAGAUCAUCACCACCCACAGCAGCAACAGCAGCAACCACAACCCCAUCAUAAGCAGCAACAUGAGCCAGUGCAAGUAAUUGACUCCAUAACGAUAUCACCAGGCGGAAAUGGUCACAACUUUAAAAUGGAGCCCUUAUAAAUAACCAUCACAGACGAAAUCAUUCAACAGAUGCAACCAAUGCAUAGCGAACUGCAAAUAGUUUAUACAUAAAUAUUACUUAGUUAUGGCCCACAGAAUAGCUUAUUUCAAAUUAUAUCUUGUUGGCAUCGUCUAUAGAAUAUAUGUAUUAUCUAAAUAAUUGAAUGUGUAUUCAGUUCUAAUAUACAUAUGUAUGUAUUAAUUUUAAAGAAAUAUUUCUGUUUACAUUUUAUUCCUUAAAUAAUAUUAAUAAAUAUAAUUGCAAUUUUGUAGGACACAAACCAAUAUAGAAAAGGAA